AGGUCCAAAGUGAGGCUGGAGAAGAAGAUAAGAGAGGGGGGCAGGUCUGAUCACGGAAGGGGGAGAAGAAGUAGGUGAUAGGGUCCAAGAUGCAGGGUGGGUCCUGUGGAUACUUGUUGAAAGUGGGUUUUUUUUUUUUUUAAUUCCCAAGAGUACUUUGACUUUGUGUGAGCUCCCUGUGGGGGCUCAGGGUGGGGCUGCUUCUGGUGGUGAGUCUAAACAGUGACAGGUGGUCUAACCCCACAUUAGGACCAACCCAACUCCCAGGAAGACAGCAGCCUCCCUGCACCUUAGCCUUUUUUUUUUUUUUUAACAUUUAUUUAUUUUUAAGAGACAGAGAGACAGAGUGUAAGCAGGGGAAGGGCAGAGAGAGAGAGAGAGGGAGACACAGAGUCCACAGCAGGCUCCAGGCUCCGAGCUGUCAGCACAGAGCCCGACGCGGGGCUCGAACUCACGAACCGUGAGAUCGUGACCUGAGCCGAAGUCGGACGCCCAACCGACUGAGCCACCCAGGCGCCCCCUUACCUUUUUGAUGGCACGUUAACACCACCCAUCCAUGGAUGAAUUCGCCUCCCCACCUUCACUCCCCCAGCUUGCAACCACCAGCCCCACACCGGCACCCUGCUCCCACCCUUCAGCUGCUUACACAGCGGCCCUGUUUCCCCUCCUGUCUCAAGAGAGCCUCCACCAGUGUGGUGUUUUCUGUCUCCCCCGUGAACACCCCCUCCUCUCUUCCAGAGCCUCCCUCGGGCUCAGAUGCCAGCGGGUUUUGAGCCGCAGAGUGGCAUCUGAAUUGGGAGAAGCAUUCUUAAAGACCAAAUAGCCUUCGAACCAUGGCGAGCGGGGUGUUAGUGGCGGAACGUUCGGCGAUGGCAUUGCUGUGCUGGAGCUGGGGGGGGGGGGGGGCCCUCGCCGAUCCACGCUGCGGCACACCACGUGGCGUCUUUUCGGGGAGGGUGGCGGGGAGGGUUUGCCUGUUCCGAUCACGUGGGCCUGGGUCCCGGGCCUGUGCGCUCCGGGUGAGCGAGUCCAAAGGGAGUUCAUACACAAAUACACGCACACAGCCGGCGAUUACUCAUGCUACCUUGCGAUUUCCUUAUUGUUGCCCAGGGAAUUAUUUACCUUUUUGAGAGUGGAAUUUGUGGGGAAGUAAUGUCGUAUUCACCGAGUGCUUGUCUAGCUCUUAUGAGCUCUGAACUGGGCCGUGUGCCGUGGGUCUUAGAAUGCUGCCGUGUUUGCUUUGCCUCCCCAGGAAAGACACCGUGUAAUGAUUCACUAACAUGCUGUGCAGGCCCAGCCACCAGCGCCAGCUAGGAGGACAAAGGGAAGCCAGCUGGGCUGUGGUUGGCAGAGCAGACUUCUUGAAAGAGGAAGAGCUCAAGCAGACAGUGGGUGUGGAAAAGGGGAGCAUCCUGGGCACCGGCUGCUGGCCAGAGGCACCCCGGGCCAUGUCAGAACUUUGAGCAGGUGACAGAGAGCAGUUGUCACAGCCUCAAGAUGCUGAGCCUGAAGCUCCCCCGGCUGUUUCGCAUCGACCAGGUGCCCCAGGUGUUCCAUGAGCAGGGCAUCCUCUUUGGCUACCGGCAUCCGCAGAGUUCUGCCACGGCCUGCGUCCUCAGCCUUUUCCAAAUGACCAAUGAGACCCUCAACAUCUGGACUCACUUGCUGCCCUUCUGGUUCUUCACGUGGAGGUUUGUGACCGCCUUGUACAUGACAGACAUCUGGAAUGACAGCUACUCCUGGCCUCUGUUUGUGUACAUGGGCACCAGCUGCGUGUACCCGCUUGUAUCCAGCUGUGCGCAUACCUUCAACUCCAUGUCCAAGAACGCCCGGCACAUCUGCUACUUCCUGGACUACGGUGCCGUCAACCUCUUCAGCCUGGGCUCAGCCAUCGCUUACUCUGCCUAUUCGAUCCCCAACGUGAUGGUGAACACCACCUUCCAUGACUACUACGUGCCCCUGGCCGUGCUGAACACCAUCAUCAGCACCGGCCUCUCCUGCUACUCCAGGUUUCUUGAAAUCCAGAAGCCCGGGCUCUGCAAGAUGCUUCGCGUCCUUGCCUUUGCUUAUCCCUACACCUGGGACUCCCUUCCCAUCUUCUACAGGCUGUUCCUGCUUUCGGGGGACGGUGCGCAGAAUGAAGCCGCCUUGUACCACCAGAAGCACACGGCCAUGACCCUCCUGGCCUCUUUCUUCUACUCCGCACACCUGCCAGAGCGCCUGGCGCCUGGCCGCUUCGACUACAUCGGUCACAGUCACCAGCUGUUCCACGUGUGUGUGAUCCUGGCCACACACCUGCAGAUGGAAGCCAUUGUUCUGGACAAGACUCUGAGGAGGGAAUGGCUCCUGGCCAACUCCAGGCCCCUGUCUUUCCCUCAGAUAGCUGGAGCUGUACUUCUGUGCCUCAUCUUCAGCCUCAGCAACAUAAUUUAUUUCUCAGCUGCUCUGUAUCGGAUUCCUGAGCCAGAAUUACAUAAAAAAGAAACAUGAUUCAGACCAUAAGCUUUUCAUGCCAGAUGUCAACAUUAAGCUACAACCUCCUAAGCACCAUAAGUGCCUAGUGGUACCUGUUCACCAAGGUCUAAAAUAUUCACGGUGGUUGAUGUCUUGGCAUUUUUGAGUGCGUUCAUGUCAAUAAGGUAUUUAACUGGGGAAAUGUCUCUCAAUGUGCACUUAUUCUAUAAUUGUGAUUUUAAAAGGGGAAGAUGGGUUCAAGUAAGUCCUUGUUCAGGCGAAUCCUUAAUAGUUCAUUAAGUCUUAAAUUUAUUUAAAAUAAGGCAGUUAGAAGCCUUCCUAUUAAGUGGCCGGAUGAAGCUUUACUACUCUUGUAGUGUUACCCUUUGAAAACGGACCCUGCUUCAUUUGUUGAGUCCCGCAUGGCACAGCUCCUGCCAAGACCUCCACGGUGGGAGGAGAAUGAGCCAGAAAGAUCAGCGGGGUGUGUGGAGGGGGUGGAGUAAGAGGAAGCUGGGUCUGUGGGAGCCCUGGGGACUGGGGAGACACUUCAGGAUGAAGAGACCUGGCUUGGGGAGAGAGCUUCUUCCUUUCCCCACCUAGUGAAGGGAAUGAAUGAAUGAAUAGAAGAGUCCUCUUUCCCACAAGUCUGUUGUGCCUUAAAGUGCCAAUUCCCAUAUCACGUGGAUUUGGAUUUUCUCUAAAGGCCACAUGGCUGGGUGUCUGUGUUCUGUUUUGUUCUGUUUUCUCGUUGCCAAUUCGAUGCUGCAAAGUGUUAUGCAGUGCAGGUCAAAUGUGUGAGGCAUGGGAGCCGGCUGAGCUAAUUCCAGUUGGCUGUGCUCAUCUGUCACUGUGUGAACCAAUGGCAUGGCUCUAUUUGGGGAUGCUAUCCAUUUAAUAUUGCUUCAGCAUUUCAAAGGUGCUGCAAAGUUUAGUGUUCCUGGGAAGAGGAUGUCAAAGACCUUGUAAAGGGUUGGUCAACUACAGUGAUCCUCAAGCUUUGCUGCGAAUCAGACACAUUUGGUGAGUUGGCGACCAGUGCGGAUUCCCAGGCCAAAUCAGGGGAUUCUGUGUUAGUAGUUGAAGAUGUAGGUCUUUUGGAGGAGAUUUGCCCUGAAUCUGAGGAAGUCCCCAGGUGAUCCUAAUGCAGAAGGGCCACAGGCCAAAUGGGAAAAAUGCUGGCGUCAUGAGUUCCAGAAGGCACUGGGCCUCUCAGCUUUGUUGCAGUUGACCUAAUUUUUAGCAACUCACCACCUAAGGAUGUAUCCCCUGCUGUCUACUCUGCACAAGAGUAGCACACUGAGCAUUUUCUCAUCUGUUGCCUUAGGAGUUUAGUAUUUCGUGCUGUUUUCAGAGAGUUCAGAAAUGCUGAUGCAAAGCUGUAGCAGAUGCCCAUCAACCCCUGAUCUGCACUUGCUAAUGACUUGAGGGGCUGUCCAUCACAAAGCAGGAUCCUCUUUGCUGACUCAGGAACACCCUCAAAACUUAGAAUACUGCCUCUGUGGUAACUGGCCCAGAAACUUGAAUGGCCUCACGAAUAGCUCAUCGUCCAGCCCUCUGAGGACAAGUAAAAAUUUAUAUUGGCUGAGAGUGGUCAAGAAAUAUGAUUUCAUUAGUUUCACUGUUUAUUUACUUCCUCUGGGGAAAGGUAGACUGAUAAAAUUAUAUGGGCUGGUAAAUUUUUGGUACAUUAAUUGCCCGCUGCAUGACAAAAUUUGGUUUGGGGCGAUAAUCUGACACUCCUAGUGGAAUUUUACUCCAGCAGGGUCUGUGGGCACCCGUUUCACCUUGCUAUAACUUCAAUUUUAUGCUGCAAAAAGGCACAGGGUUUAAAUACCCUAUUCUAGCAGGUGCCAAAGACAUGAAGCUCUUUAACAUCUCUUUUGUUUAGGGAGAGGAAAAUGUUUGUUUAGUUCAGAAAUAGUUGAAAGUUAUAGGUGAUUAAUUUGAAGGACCUUCAGAUUAUUUAAUUUUGGGUGAUGUGACUUUUUCGCCAUCCUUAAUGAUGGGAAAGAAAAUGUUACAUCAACAAAAGAAGACCAGUGUUUCAUAAUGUUUUUAUACGUUUGGCAAACCCAGUCCCACUGUAUACAUUUGGACAGUGUUACAAAUUAAAAUUGGAUGACAGUUUGCAAUGGGCUGAUUUGGAAGCUUCUAGAUACAGACAGUGGGUUCAAAAAUAUUAAUUACCAUUAGGUAUUAAGUGUAAUGUGGGUUUGCUUAAGCCAAAGUCAAAAAGGAAAGGCAAAAAGGUUGGCAGUGGUGAGCUGGAGAGCUCACUGGGAAGGUGUCUUUUCAUGUAGCGGCCCUCAGGUUUUUAUUGUCUCAAUGCACCCUGGAAAUGUGCCAUACUCCCAUUGGUAGCAAUGCUCACCACCGCACGAUCUCAAAGAGGAUUUUGUGGGGUGUGACAAACUCCUAAUGGGAUGACCCUCUUCUUCCUCCCCCUGCAUGAGAAACACUGCCCCCCAAAUUUCCCAGAUGCCACGGUGGUGAUAAAACUUGAAUGUACUCGAAUGAGGCCGUUUAGCUAACUGCAUUGUCCUUCGCUCAUCAUAGCUUUGCUUUCCAUUGCUCGGUUUCUAGAGAGCAAAGAAUCUGUCACUGACUGGAAUGAGAAGUGGGAGGUUUUAGGAAACCAUUUGAGUACAAAGUGACCUGUUUGACCUGCUGCUGUCUUAAAGUGUUUGUUGUGGAACUCAGCUCACGUGAGAAGUUCUAUGGAAGGCAAGGGGCAGUGGAUCAGGGUGAUCAGAUGUGUUGGAGAGACCCUUCAUUUGGCUCUGCUGUGUCCCAAAUUUGUUUGGCCAUGGUACUAUAUGAAACACCUAUUCACACUGUAUAACAACUCUUUAUCACAUAUUAGUUGAAUGCCAGCCUCUGAUUUUCUGGUCAACAAUCUAUUGUGGAUGAAAAGGCAAAGACCCAUUUCUGAACACAGCUGUUCCUCCAACUUACACUGAUGUCUGGUUUUCUUAAACUGUAUGGGAGGAAAAAAAAUAAACUUUAUUAUAAUAAA